UAUGAUUGGCAAAGAAUAAGUUGAUGUAAUUGAUUAAUAUGCUUAAUCCAUCAUUAAUUAUGUGGACAAUCAAUAAAAGAGUAUUACUAUGUAGUAUUGUCUAAAGUUAUUUAAUUGAAAACUACGACCAUAGAAAAAUUGAAUGAGGUGACUAUUGUACAUUACUAAAAAAAUUUGGAUAAAAUUAAUUAAAUCAGAUAAGAAUUUGAAGAAACCAAAAAUAUUUGUAAGUUAUCAAAUCUUUUAUCAAGACUGUAGAAAAUAAAUUAGAUGAAAAUAUUUAGAAAAUUAAUUAAAUAUAGAAUUCUAUUGAAGGAAUGGAAUCAUCAGUUGAUCAUUUGGAUUCUAUUUUGAAAAGGAUUGAAACCAAAUUAACAGAGUUAGAAAAAUUAAAGUAAUGAUAUUUGAUUGAGUUAAUUUUAAAAAUAUUUUAAUAUGUAAAGUGAUUUCUAAGAGGAAGUAGUUAAAUCAGAAUAUGUAUAAGCAGAAGAUUAAUCAUUCAAAUUUGUUAAUAUGCCUAGUUAUAAUCCAGAACAAUUAGUUGAAGAUCGUCUUAGAGAAUCUAUUCGAUAAUCAGUUGCUUAAAGACCAAUCAAUCAUUAAGAUGAUCCAACUUCUGUUAAAUUUCAUAGGCAUCAAUCAUAUAAUCAAUUAUAAGCAUGGAUGGAACAAGUUGGAAUUGAUAUGUAGUAACACAGACAAAUUAUUAAAGAUGUAUUUCGCAUAUUAGAAAAGAGAAUUGCAAUUUCAAAUAGAAGCAUUCAAAAUCUUAUUCAUUUCAUUAAGACUUUUGUAUAACAUGAAAAAUAAAAUGUAGAGUAUUUAAGAACUAAAAAUAAUGAUAUUAAUAAACUAUUUCAAGAUGGAUAAACUUUAUACUAUCCUAAAUUAGAUGAAACUAUCAAAGAAAUUUGUAAUUAUGAUUAAGGAAAUGCUAUUAAAAUACUCAAUCUCUUAGAUGGAAUUGAUAAAUUUAUAAAAGAGAAACUUGAUUUUAAUAUAGAAAUGUUUGAAAGUGGUAUUUCAAUACAUAGAGAUCAAUAUAGAAAAGCUUUUAGUAAUUUUGCCUCCAGUUCCUCAAAACUCACAAAAUAUCGUAGAAAACAUUAAGGAUUAUAUCAAAGAUAAAUGUAAGGAGAAAAUAAAGGAAAGGAUCUUUAUCAUACUGAACGAAAAUUGAUUAAUUCAUUUCUUGAGAUGGCUAAAUUAUAAAAAAAUAUGGGGUAAGCUGUUACUAGAUUAUUUGAUGAAGUAAAAAAAUAAGAAGUCCAUAGAUAUUAAAUUGUCAUCACUUCUUUAAGGAUGUAUCUUGAUAAACAUGUGUAAUUAAGUCAAAGCAAACAAUAAUAGAUUUCUGCAUAAGAGGAAUUGCUUUAUGGAGUAGCAUUUUCAUUUUUAUUUAGUCUAGUUAAUAAAUUAAUUAGAACCUGAAUAAGUAAUAUAAUCAUUUGAAGUAAUGAAUUUCUUAGGCCAAGAUAUUUUGAGGAUUAUAUAGAAGAUGCUUGGAAAACAACCUUUAACACUUCCCUAAUUAUAGGAUUUCCUUUGUAAUUAUCCUGAUGCUUAUAUAAAAUUGGGAAGUGUACAAGAAAACCAUUCCUUAGUUAAAUUAAGAAUCAAAAAUGCUUAAAUAGAUUGUGGUAAUGUUUUGAAAACAUGGAAACCUUGUCAAAUUAUUGCUACAAUUGAUAACAAUAUUCUUAUUUACCUUUAAGAUAAUAAUGAAUUUAAAGGUAAAUUUUUAUGUGAUUCCUCAUAAAUUGUACAAAAGACAAGAGUACCUUUAACUGCAGAAAUCAAAUAUACUAAACCUGGAUUUAUUUUUGAUUCUACCAAAACAGCUCUCUUAUAAUUAGAAGCUCAAGAUUUUGAUUCUCUUCAUGGAUUAUUAUUCAAAUAACCUAAAUGA